AUGGGGAACGCGCCAAGGCUUCUCGCUGCUUCCCCCACCCCCCAACCCACUAAGGUAUGCGACUGCUGUCGUCAUUGGGAAAAGGACGUAUGAGCAGGGCUCGGUCUCGUUUUGCGUCAUUAGGUGAGGAUAAGGCCUGAUGACGAGAGCGUAGGGUGAUAAUGGAGCAUGUUGUCUAAUCGCUCUCUCUCUCUCUCAGCGCUGGGUAUAGGGCAGUGAAUUUAAAAGCGUCUUUUGGGCUUUGGUAAUAGACUUGUUCGGAUAAACAAGAGUCAAAUGCCUGAUGGGUUUGGGGAAAAAUCAGAAAUGUUAGGGGGAGGGGGAGCGACUGAAAUGGCGAUCCGGCAGGACCCAAAGAAUCCUUAGGCUCCCAUGAUCGAACGAUAUGCGUUACUCGAAGUUAACUGAUUGGCGAUACUUUGGGGACUUCAGGUGCGUCCUCCUUCCCGGCGUCUAGCUCGAAUUGGGCUAACCUGCAGUACAGUAAUACAGUUCUGAUGCGCAUCGCGACUGUUUUAUCAGCUCAGAGUUCCUCAGGUGUCUGAAUCGAUUAGGAAGGGCCUGAUUUAUAUCACAUGGGCGUGGGGCGAAUCUACCCAGCCUGACUGUCCAUCGGGGCACUUUCGUCUCUUUUUGGUAUGGAUCUUAGGAUAGGCACUACUACUACUACCACUACUACUGCUGCUGCUACUACUACUACUACUACUACUACUACUACUACUACUACCACUACUACUGCUACUACUACUACUACUACUACUACUACUACUACUACUACUACUACUACUACCACUACUACUACUACUACUACUACUACUACUACUACUACUACUACUACUACUACUACUACUUUCUUGUACAUUUGACUUUCCUGUACAUUUGUUUGACUAAACGGAAAUACACGUGAACAACGCUGCGGCGGUCAACGUGUGUUCUGGUUUGGAGUGUGCUUGAUGUCGUUAUUUCUUGGCCUUCGCUUGUAACCUCUCAACAUUCUUAGCAAUUCGUAAGAGCUGACGGAGACUCCCUCCUCACAAGCCUACUUCACCAUAUCAUCGCGGAACCGACUGCCUCUAUUCAACCGGUUCCUCAUCGGAAUACCAUCUCGCUCCUUGAGAGGAUUCUACUUUGCGUGAGUCUGGAACAUUCCUUUUCUGAUUCUUCGAAUUUGUACAUCCUUUUUUGUUGGUAAACACAAUUCCCCCAUUUGGAGUUAGUUUUUCCUGUAAAUAUUACUGUUUGUAGUUUUUAAGUCAACGUUUUCACCGCCACAACAGCAACAACAACAACAACAACAACAACUACUACUACUACUACUACUACUACUACUACUGCCUCUACUACUACUACUACUACUACUACUACUACUAA